CAAUCUCCUUGAAACAGCAUUGUGAGACCCGCUGUCGAGUCGACCGCUGCUGUGCUUAAAGUUCUCCUAGUCUUUCCCGGAAGAAACGAAGUGAAACAUGUCGAUCAAGAAGAUCUUCGCCCGUCAGAUCUACGACUCUCGCGGAAACCCGACCGUCGAAGUCGAUCUCACCACCGCGAAAGGAGUUUUCCGUGCCGCUGUCCCGUCCGGAGCGUCGACGGGUAUCUACGAAGCCCUUGAACUUCGCGACGGGGACAAGAAGGUCCACCAUGGGAAAGGCGUCCUGAAAGCGAUCAAGAACGUCAACGACAUCAUCGCACCGGCGCUCCUCAAGGAGAACUUCGAUGUCAAGGACCAGCAGAAAAUCGACGAUUUCAUGAUCAAGUUGGAUGGCACCGACAACAAAGACAAGCUCGGUGCCAACGCCGUCCUCGGUGUCUCGAUGGCGGUCUGCAAAGCCGGUGCCGCCGAAAAGGGAGUUCCUCUCUAUAGGCACAUCGCCGACCUCGCGGGUAACUCGAAAAUCAUCCUUCCCGUCCCCGCGUUCAACGUCAUCAACGGAGGCUGUCACGCCGGAAACAAACUCGCCAUGCAGGAGUUCAUGAUCCUGCCGACCGGAGCCGCGAGUUUCUCCGAGGCCAUGCGGAUGGGUAGCGAAGUCUACCAUCAUCUGAAGGCUGUCAUCAAGAAGAAAUUCGGCCUCGCCGCAACGGCUGUCGGCGAUGAGGGCGGCUUCGCUCCCGAUAUCCAGGACAACCGCGAAGCGCUCGAGCUGAUCAAGGAAGCCAUCGAGGCCGGCGGAUACACCGGCAAAAUCGAAAUCGGAAUGGAUGUUGCAGCGUCCGAGUUCUGCCAGAACAAGAAAUACAAUUUGUCUUUCAAAGCAGCCACACCCGUCCCCGAGUCACAGCACCUGACGUCGGCCCAACUGCAGGCGUUCUACGAGGACAACAUGAAGAGCUUCCCGAUCGUGUCCAUCGAGGAUCCUUUCGACCAGGACGACUGGGAGGGAUGGACCUCGCUCACAGCUGCGACUCCGAUCCAAAUCGUUGGCGACGAUCUCACCGUCACCAAUCCCAAACGCAUUCAGAUGGCUGUCGACAAGAAGGCCUGCAACUGCUUGUUGCUUAAGGUCAACCAGAUCGGAUCAAUCUCGGAAUCCAUCAGCGCUCAUCUCCUCGCCAAGAAGAACGGCUGGGGAACGAUGGUCUCCCAUCGUUCGGGUGAAACCGAAGAUUGCACCAUCGCCGACAUCGUUGUCGGUCUCAGCACCGGACAAAUCAAAACCGGAGCCCCUUGCAGAUCCGAGCGUCUUUCAAAAUACAACCAAAUCCUCCGCAUCGAAGAGGAGCUCGGUGCGGCGGCUGUUUACGCCGGCAAGAACUUCCGGAAACCCGAGUAAGGUCAUCCGCCUGAAGAUGAAGGGACUUCCUGCGUGACACCGAUUCGCGGGAAACCGCGCGAAACCACGCUUCCUUGCAUCGGCUUCUCGAAUUACUGCGGUUGAAUUCUAGUCUAAGUUUAAUUUUAAGUCGCACACUGUGUUGAAUCAUCAAAAAAUAGAACUUAGAUCUUCGGACCGCGUGGAAAGAGUCCGAGGUUCCAUGCCGUCCGUUGACCAUGGGGAUGUUUGAGGGAUGCUUCCGGUCUCUCUCGGAGCAGUGGCAGUGAUCAAUAAAACGUAGACUAUCAACGUCGAAA